AUGCCACCGCGUCGCCGGGAAACUUGGGGAUACCGUGGCGUCCGCGCGCGCCCCUCCGGCAGCUUCUCCGUCGAGAUCCGGUUCCGCAGGGUGUGCCUCGGCCUCGGCAAUUUCGACACCGCCAACGAGGCCGCCCGCGCAUACGACGCGGUGGCGUGGUGCCUCUGGUGGCCUCAUAGAACAUUGAACUUCCCCAAUGUGCCGAUGCGCACUACAAAAAAAGACACAUCAUGGUGGGAGCGGGCACAGGAGCUCGCGCCUCUGCCGCGACUUAUCACCGACAAGGAUCGUCGCGACAACCGGAGGCGAGAGCACCGUCUCGGCAUCGCCGAGAUGGACGAGGAAGCCAUGGCGUUGUGGCGCCAACGUUUCCUGCAGGACAUCAUCAACGAGCGCGAGUUCUACACGCAAAGGAGGAUGGAGAGGGAUAAGAGGAUGGCGGAGCGAGCUGCCUAUCGCGAGGACAAGCGUAGGCGAAAAGCGGACGCUCAAUUCAACAUGAGGCUAGGAGCAGCGUCGCCCUGGGAAUCCGACGACGAUCGGUAUCUUCACGCCUACAGUCAGACGUCGGAGGAGGACAUCACCGAGGAGGAGUCAGACGACGAGGAGGACAUCAUCUAUCUAUGCUGA